AAUUAUAUCAGUGUACAAGAGUCUCUCCAGUUUUCAUUUCUACAGUCCAUUUGCUCUCCACAAAGGACCUAGCUCGUCGAGAACACCAUCCACAGCCUGAUCCCUCCGAGCCCGUACAUUUUCUGGUCCUUCGUAGCCGAAUAAAGUUCUAGCAAGAUGGUGUUAACACGCAGCCGUAGUGGAGAAUCCAGGAGAGAACAGACCCAGCAAGAGCCUUCAGUGACCGCCGGACCGGGUGCCAGCAGCUCGGCACCAGAAUCGAGCUCGGUCCGAGUGACGGACACAGGAAGCGGGUCUACGACGACUACCUACAUCGACGCCACGCAUGGUACGCUCAAGCCCAGCGAUACAAGGUCACGUCGUUCUACAGACUCGAAAAGAAAGCGCCUCGCAGAGCUGGAGGCCAGAAAACGACUGGCUGAGAUAAAAGUCCAGAAAGCGCAGGCAGAACAAGAGCUGCAGGAAAUACAACUGCAGUGCACCUUAGCCGAAGCUGAGUCGAGUGACGACGAUGAGUUGGUGGACGACCUCGCCUCCGUGAGGAUUGGAACGUGGCUAGCGCGACCCGUGCCGCCAUCCGGAGGCGAGACGCGGCCGCCGCCACACGACGCCAGCGGCGGGAGCAUCAACAGAGACGCAGCCCACGCAGCGACAACGACGGGGAGCGGCGCCCCGGCGGGCGCGCAGCCGCCGCGAGAUGACGACGGCUACAGAAAAGUGUGUGAAUGUGUGUGUGCGAAAUCAAAGGGCAAUAUCGCGAGUGAAGUGUCACACGGUAACGUGAGUGAUAAAGUGAUAGACGUAGGAACACUCGCCGCGGCACUAGCGCAGGUCACGCGCAGUUCGAGAGAGCCCCCGAAGUACAUGCAGCGGCUACCAGUCUUCGACGGAAAACCCGGUGAGUGGAUAGCUUAUAAGGCCACGUAUUGUGACUCACACACGUACUUUUCUAGCGUAGAAAACGUAGCUAGGAUUAGGAUAAGCCUCAGAGGCGCCGCAAAGGAAGCUGUAGGGAGCUUAUUAUUUAUUCAAUCUGACCCUCAGGUCAUUCUAGACGCACUAGAAAGACGUUUUGGUAGGCCUGAGGCCUUGAUAAUGACAGAAUUAGAUAAUGUAAAGUUAUUACCUAGAUUAAACGAUAACCCUAGGGAUAUUUGCAUAUUUGCUAGCCGUAUUGCAAACACGGUGGGUACGGUAGAAGCACUACAUAGAAUUCAGUAUUUACAUAGCCCCGAAAUAUCGCGUAAUAUCAUAGAAAAGUUAACGCCAAUAUUAAGAAAUAAAUGGUAUGAUUACGCGGCUUAUAGAAAGCACGAAGAUAUUCCCGUAUUGAAACUGUUAUCUAUGUUCAUGAAUGAAGAGGCCGACAAGUGUAGCGCGUACGCGCUGCCGGAGCAUGUUAGUGAUAACGCCAUUGAUGUACGACAACGGCGCAGAGUUGAGCGCACGUUCGUCGUGAGUAAAAGGACAUCAAGUGAGCUAUGCCCGGCAUGCAAGCAACACGGCCACAAGUUACCAGACUGCAAUAAAUAUAAGCAGCUAGACAUAGAUACUAGGUGGAAUGUAGCGAAAUAUAAUAAGAUGUGUUUUAGAUGUUUACAAAAUAAACAUAGAAGAUAUAUGUGCAGAGCGCCUAUUUGUGAUGUAAAGGGAUGCAACAUGAAACAUCAUAAACUGUUGCACAAAGAACAUGAUGAUAAGACGACUCACAACAGAGCGCCGCACGCGCCGCCAUCAAUGACGCCCGUUAUCACACAUGAAUCCGUGACGUCAGCGCGCGAGACAGUAUCAACAACUUCGCCUCGGAAGCGCCGCGCGUACUUGAAGAUACUUCCUGUGACGUUACGCGGACCACGUACAAGCAUAGAUACAUACGCCUUGUUAGACGAUGGGAGUACAGUCACCUUGUUAGACGCGACAGUGGCAGACAUCCUAGGUGCAGAUGGGCCAGCUAGUCCUAUGCAGAUACAAGGCCUAGGUACGGAAGUCAAGCAUGAGCAAAGCCGCACUGUUAGUCUCCACAUACAAGGCAAGUACCACAGCGUCCCGCAGAAGAUAGAGGCAGCGCGCACUGUAAAUAGGUUAGAAGUCAUGGCGCAGACUGUACAUACAGAAGACAUAAACAACUGUAGGCAUUUAAACGACAUAUGAAGCACUCUUGUUUAUGAACACGCGCGACCACUGAUUUUGAUAGGUCAAUAUAACUGGCAUUUAUUAGUAGCCACGAAAACACGUUCAGGUGCACGUGAUCAACCGGUAGCAUCGUACACAAAGCUCGGUUGGGUAUUACAUGGAUGUCAUUACUCAGUAAAUAAAGACAGAAGAACAUUUUGCGGCCACAUUAAUAUCAGUAAAAAUCCAGAACCAGUUGAAGCAACCGUGAGAAACUUUCAAUCAGAAUCAGUAUAUUGUGUAGAACCUAGGAUACCUAAAAACAAACCGCAACAGCAAAACUUAGGUACCCUAGGUCAGAAGUGUCGACGAUCGCCCGAUUACAGGAUCGCGACCGGACCAAUGAGGAAACCAGUAGCAUCUACAGUACCUAACAACCACCUAGGUACCCUAGAUCUAGAUCGGUGUCUAGAUAAGGACGACGAACGCGUCAAUCAUCAUGUAAUCAACAAAGUGAAUAGUCCAGUUAAGUACAUACCCACACUUGCUGCUUACGCUCAACGCGCCGAAGAACAAAAGGACAAGGAUGUGCAUACCGGAAGCGUAUCAAAGGAUACCGCCGCCACACAGAAUAACAAAGCGGCGCCUAGUAACAGCGCGUUAUCAGUACUAUGUACAUGUGGCGCAAGCGCACGUGUUAUACGUUUGCGCGGGAGAAUCACAGCGAUGGCAAACGUGAAUGCAGAUAUAAAAAAACCCUGUUAUACUCACAAGUAAACACAGGUCCAAGAAGCUACGUAUUGCGUAUUUAUAUUACGGGAACAAGCAUCAUAGGAUUAAAAAACUACAGCGAUCUGUGAAUUGUGUUAUUAAGGGCUGUUUAAAUUGUAGAAUAAGAAAUGUAAAGCCAGCUAACUCCUCUACGUACUCGUACCCUCGAGGUUUAGGUAUUAGCCUUAGGUAUUAGAUUAAUUU